GCCAUGUCUUCUCCAGGCUGGACAACCCCAAAUCUCCCAGCCUGUCGUCGGAUGGGAGGUUCUCCAGCCCUGGCAUCAUCUCCAUGGCUUCCUCUGGACCUGCUCCGACAGCCCCAUGUCCUUCCUGUGCUGAGGACUCCAGAGCUGGAUGCAGGGCUCCAGGUGGGUUCUCACCAAAGCGGAGCAGAGGAGCAAAAUCCCGCCCCCCCUCGCCCUCUGCUCUCACGGCUUUGGAUGCAGCCCAGGACACGGGUGGUUUCUGGGCUGUGAGCACACGUUGCCGGCUCUUGUUGUGCUUUUCCUCCACCAACAUGUUGACUCAUUUCAUUUCUGUGGGCAGCCCAGUCAUGCUUUGUUUCUAUGAUGCUGAGUGCUUGGGCUUUCUUGGUUCAGGAUAUUUGCGUCUGUCUCUGAGUGUGAACAGGGAAUCAGCUCUGCUGUUCAAAACAAUCGCUUCCUCAUGCAUGUAAUCAGUAUUUCUGCGUGCAGCAGCCUCACAGCUUUGUUUUUCAGCCCUGGCAUCACUUUCUCAUCUCACCUGCCUCAUGGGUAAUCCCUGGGUUGAGUUUGGAUAUUUAAGAGCCGACUGUCAUUGCAGAAGUGCUGAAAAGUAGCAGCGUUCCGUUUUGACUCGGGUGAGUCAGCCCGGGAUCCAGGCUCCAGGGCCCCGCAGACCGUGCUGGCGCAGCUCUGCGACCCUUUCCUUGGCUGGUGGAGGAGCCCAAAGGUUCUUGACCCAAAGGUUCUUGACCCAAAGGUCUUUCCAAGUGCCAGGUGAACCAUGACACUGUUCAACCUUACCAGCUUGACCCCAGCAAUGUUCAUCCUGGCUGGCAUUCCAGGCAUGGAGAAGCUGCACAUCUGGAUCUCGAUCCCGUUCUGCUCAAUGUACCUGGCUUCCCUGCUAGGAAAUGGCAUCAUCUUGUUUGUCAUCAGGACAGAACACAGCCUCCACCAGCCCAUGUACCUCUUCCUCUCCAUGCUGGCCAUCGCUGACGUGGUGCUGUCGACCACAACCGUCCCCAAGAUGCUGGCUCUGUUCUGGUUCAGUGCAGGGGAGAUCUCCUUCGGCGCCUGCCUGACCCAGAUGUUCUUCUUGCACUUCACUUUCUCGGCUGAGUCAGUGCUCCUGCUGGCCAUGGCGUUUGACCGCUUUGUGGCCAUCUGUAACCCCUUGCGAUACGCGGCGGUGCUGACUCCAUCAGCCGUUGUCAAAACUGGGCUGGUGGCCUUGCUGAGAAGCUUCUGCAUCAUUUUCCCGUGCGUCUUCCUCCUGAAGAGGCUGCCGUUCUGCGGGCACAACGUCAUCCCACACACCUACUGCGAACACAUGGGCAUCGCCCGCCUGGCCUGCGCUGACAUCUCCAUCAACGUCUUGUAUGGCCUCAUCGUGCCGUUUGCGGCCAUAGUGGUGGACGUUGUCCUCAUUGCAGUCUCCUACAUCUUAAUUCUGCCGGUGCUGGUCAGGCUGCCAUCCAAGACCGCCCGCCACAAGGCUUUCAACACCUGUGGCUCCCACCUCUGUGUUAUUUUACUCUUCUAUAUUCCAGCUUUUUUCACAGUUCUAACUCACCGCUUUGGCCAGGAAAUCCCCCACCAUAUCCACAUUCUCCUGGCCAACCUGUACGUGCUCUUCCCACCGCUGCUGAACCCUGUGGUGUACGGCGUGCGGACACAACAGAUCAAAACGAAGGUUGUGAAGAUCUUUGUCUGCCCCAAGAGAUGUUGGCUGCGAGAACAAGAGUGAGAUCAUGGAAUCAUGGAAUGGUUUCGGUUGGAAGGGACCUCAAAGCCCACCCAGUCCCACCCCUGCCAUGAGCAGGGACACCUCUCAAUGGAUCAGGGGGCUCCAAGCCCCAUCCAAGCUGGCCUUCAACACCUCCAGGGAUGGGGCAGCCACCACUGCUCUGGGCAACCUGGGCCAGGACCUCCCCACCCUCAUGGGAAAACAUUUAUCCCUAAAAUCUCACCUCAAUCUCCUCCCUUGCAGCUCAAAACCUUUCCUCUUAUUCCAUCCCUGCACUCCCUGAUCAAGAGCCCCUCCCCAGCUUCCCUGGAGCCCCUUUCCCUACUGGAAGAUGCUUUAAGGUCUCCCUGUAGACUUCUCUUCUCCCAGCUGAACAACCCCAACUCUCUCAGCCUGUCCUCAUAGCAGAGCUGCUCCAGUCCUCACAUCAUCUCCAUGGCCUCUGGAGUCCUCUGGACUCGCCCCAACAGCUCCACGUCCUUCCUGUGCAGAGGACUCCAGAACCAAACACAGGUCUCCAAGUCGGGUCUCACCAGAGAGGCAAAAUCCCCUGCC